AUGGACAGCUUUGUGGCCCUCAUUCUUCUGUCCUCCACAAUCAUCACUCUCACCACAGCUGACAGUGUGAGGUUGGAGGAUGGUGGCAGUCGCUGUGCUGGGAGAGUGGAGGUUCUUCAUGAUUAUCAGUGGGGAACAGUGUGUGAUGAUAACUGGGACAUGAGAGAUGCUGCAGUGGUGUGUAGAGAGCUGGGCUGUGGAGAGGCUGUAGAUGCACUGAGUGAUGCUCACUUUGGACCAGGAUCAGGUCCAAUCUGGAUGAAUAAUGUGGACUGUAGUGGAUCAGAGUCUACACUGAAGAACUGUAGAUCAGCAGGUUGGGGAAAACAUAACUGUGGUCAUUCUAAAGAUGCUGGAGUCAUCUGUUCAGGAGUCCGGCUGGUAAAUGGUUCUCACUGCUCUGGGAGAGUGGAGGUGCUUCAUGGAGAGACCUGGUCCACAGUAUGUGAUGCUCACUUUGACCAGCAGGAUGCAGAGGUUGUGUGUCGAGAGCUGCGCUGUGGGCUUCCUGUGGAGGUGCUGGGAGCAGCUGCUUUUGGCAGCGGGAAGGGUCAGAUGUGGUCAGAGGAGCUUCAGUGUAGAGGCAACGAAUCUCAGAUUUACUUCUGUCCAACAUCAUCUUCACUCAAACACAACUGCACUCAUGACAGUGAUGUGACACUGGUGUGCGCUGGUAAGAACUAUAGUGUGAGGUUGGUGGAUGGUGGCAGUCGCUGUGCAGGGAGAGUGGAGGUUCUUCAUAGAGGACAGUGGGGAACAGUGUGUGAUGAUAACUGGGAUAUGAGAGAUGCUGCAGUGGUGUGUAGAGAGCUGGGCUGUGGAGAGGCUGUAGAUGUACUGAUUGAUGCUCACUUUGGACCAGGAUUAGGACCAAUCUGGAUGAAUGAAGUGGACUGUAGUGGAUCAGAGUCUACAUUGAAGAACUGUAGAUCAGCAGGAUGGGAUAAACAUAACUGUAAUCAUUCUAAAGAUGCUGGAGUCGUCUGUUCAGGUAGCAGCAAAGUUAUGAGGCUGGUUGGUGGUUCUCACUGCUCUGGGAGAGUGGAGGUGCUUCAUGGAGAGACCUGGUCCACAGUGUGUGAUGCUGACUUUGACCAGCAGGAUGCAGAGGUUGUGUGUCGAGAGCUGGGCUGUGGGCUUCCUGUGGAGGUGCUGGGAGCAGCUGCUUUUGGCAGAGGGGAGGGUCAGGUGUGGUCAGAGGAGCUUCAGUGUAGAGGCAACGAAUCUCAGAUUCACUUCUGUUCAACAUCAUCUUCUCUCAAACACAGCUGUACUCAUGACAGUGAUGUGGGUUUGGUGUGUGCUGGUAAGAUGCCAGUCAGCGUGAGGUUGGUGGAUGGUGGCAGUCGCUGUGAUGGGAGUCUGGAGGUUCUUCAUAGAGGACAGUGGGGAACAGUGUGUGAUGACACCUGGGAUAUGAGAGAUGCUGCAGUGGUGUGUAGAGAGCUGGGAUGUGGGGAGGCUCUACAUGCACUGAGCAAUGCUUAUUUUGGACCAGGAUCAGGACCAAUCUGGAUGGAUGAUGUGGACUGUAAUGGAUCAGAGUCUGCACUGAAGAACUGUAUGUCUCCAGGAUGGGGUAAACAUGAUUGUGAUCAUAAUAAAGAUGCUGGAGUCAUUUGUUCAGGAAGAAUCAAGCUGGUUGGUGGUUCUCACUGCUCUGGGAGAGUGGAGGUGCUUCAUGGAAAGACCUGGUCCACAGUGUGUGAUACUGACUUUGACCAGCAGGAUGCAGAGGUUGUGUGUCGAGAGCUGGGCUGUGGGCUUCCUGUGGAGGUGCUGGGAGCAGCUGCUUUUGGCAGAGGGGAGGGAGUCAGGCUCGUUGGUGGUUCUCACUGCUCUGGGAGAGUGGAGGUGCUUCAUGGAGAGACCUGGUCCACAGUGUGUAAUGCUGGCUUUGACCAGCAGGAUGCAGGGGUUGUGUGUCGCGAGCUGGGCUGUGGGCUUCCUGUGGAGGUGUUGGGAGCAGCUGCUUUUGGCAGAGGGGAGGGUCAGGUGUGGUCAGAGGAGCUUCAGUGUAGAGGCAACGAAUCUCAGAUUCACUUCUGUCCAACAUCAUCUUCAAUUAAACACAACUGCACCCAUGACAGUGAUGUGGGUCUGGUGUGUGCUGUCAGCGUGAGGUUGGUGGAUGGUGGCAGUCGCUGUGCUGGGAGAGUGGAGGUUCUUCAUAGAGGACAGUGGGGAACAGUGUGUGAUGAGGGCUGGGAUAUGAGAGAUGCUGCAGUGGUGUGUAAAGAGCUGGGAUGUGGAGAGGCUCUACAUGGACUGAGCAAUGCUUAUUUUGGACCAGGAUCAGGACCAAUCUGGAUGAAUAAUGUUAAUUGUAAUGGAUCAGAGUCUGCACUGAAGAACUGUAUUUCUUCAGGAUGGGGUAAACAUUACUGUGAUCAUAAUAAAGAUGCUGGAGUAAUUUGUUCAGGUACUCCUGUUAAUAUUAUAGGAAGAAUCAAGCUGGUUGGUGGUUCUCACUGCUCUGGGAGAGUGGAGGUGCUUCAUGGAAAGACCUGGUCCACAGUGUGUGAUACUGACUUUGACCAGCAGGAUGCAGAGUUUGUGUGUCGAGAGCUGGGCUGUGGGCUUCCUGUGGAGGUGCUGGGAGCAGCUGCUUUUGGC